UCCGGGGUCAAAGUUGACAGCAUGCGGAAGUGGCUUUUCGCUUGUCCGGUCUUUAAUAUUUAUGCUCUUUUUUCGCGUCCCUUAAAACAAUUCUAUUCAUUUCCACCGAAAGUUUACAGAAAUUGUGACUGGCCAGCUCGGUUCGUCCUAAAGACUUGACACAAAUCACACGGACUCGCUCUCGAGGUCUGUCUGUCCCGACUGUGUGGUCAUCGCCGUCAAAGUCGGCAAAAGAAGAACGGCGAAUAGCUACGGUGGCUGAGAAAGGCCAAAACACAUUCAUGUAAAGCAACGACACAACUUUAAGCCACAAAGGACGCGACGACGCAAGUUACGGCGACGGACCAACUCCCUGAACGUGCAGGAUCCCUGCUGCAGAACCAUGACGACCAUCGUCCACGACACCACGGAGGCGGUGUGCCUCGCUGCAGACUACAACAUAUACCUGAAGCCCAUUGCCAAGAUGACCGUGAGUGUGACGCUGCCGCAACUGAAGUUGCCCGGAAAGAGCAUCUCCAACUGGGAGGUGAUGGAGAGGGUGAAGGCCAUGGUGGUGCCCGACCAAUUCUCAACACUGCGCAUCUCCAAGAGCACCAUGGACUUCAUUCGCUUUGAGGGAGAAGUGGAGAACAAAACAGUUGUCAAAAGUCUGUUGAAAUGUUUGGAUGGGAAGUGCAUCAAACUGAGUGGAUUUACGGAUGUCUUAAAGGUGCGUGCAGUUGAGAACAAAGUGGACUUCCCUACCAGACACGACUGGGAUUCCUUCUUCCGAGAUGCCAAAGACAUGAAUGAGACUCAGCCAGGAGAGCGUCCUGACACCAUCCACCUGGAAGGGCUGCCCUGCCGCUGGUUCAACCAGAAGCAGAGCAACUUCCCUGACCGGCCCUCUGAGGAGGCCCUCAUCGCUGUGUUUGAAGGCUUUGGCAAGGUGCGGAACGUCGACAUCCCCAUGCUGGAUCCAUACAGGGAGGAUAUGUUGGACAAGAACUUUAAUACGUUUAGUUUUGGAGGCCAUCUGAACUUUGAGGCUUACGUCCAAUAUCAAGAAUACGACGGCUUCACCAAGGCCAUGGACACACUGCGCGGAAUGAAGCUGAUGCUGAAAGGUGACGAUGGAAAGGCUGUGGCCUGCAACAUAAAGGUGACCUUUGACACCACCAAGCAUCUCAGCGACUUGGCCAUAAAGAAGCGAAACCUGGAGAGGCUCAAGCUGCAGGAGUUAGAAAAACAGAGAGAGGAGCAGAAGCGCCGCAAGAGGGAAGAGGAGGAGCGACGUAAAGAGCAGGAGCGGAAACAGAAAGAGCAGGAAGAAGAGGAGAAGGAGCGCAAGAAGGAGGAGAAGCAGCGGAAACGGGAUCAGAAGCUGCAGGAGAGAGAGGACAGGAGGAACCUCAAGAGGGUGAGGAAGCAGCAAGAGGAGGAGCAGAAGAAGCUUCAAAUGAAGAUCGCCAUGGAGGAGAGGAGGCUCCUUCUCGCCCAGCGGAACCUGGAGUCCAUCCGGAUCAUCGCUGAGCUUUUGGCCAGAGCCAAGGCCGUCAAGCAGCAGCAGCUGGAGAAGGAGCGGGCGGAGCACGAGGCACGGGAAAAGCAGGAGAAGGCCCGACAGGAGGAGGAAGUGGCCCGCAGGCAGCAGCUGGAGGCCUGCCGCCGCAGGCAGCAGGAGGAGCUCCUCAGGGUGGAACUGGAGAAGGAGCGCGCCCUUGACCUCCAGCGGCGGGAAAAGGAGCUGAGAGAGAAGUUGGUCUCCAACAUGUUGAAGAAAAGCUGCGAGAAACCCACAGGAGAUCCUGGAUCGCAGGAUCAGGCUGGCCCUGCAGGAAGCAAGGAGACCUCUGAUGCGGCGAGGGAGAAUGUCACCCUCGUGGUCCUGGGCCAGGUGAACGGCGUGAAGGCGGCGGAGGGCAUGUCCAAAACUGCUGCUCCCGCUGAGAUUCCCAGGAAAAGCAGAGGAACAAAGGAAAAGAAAGGAAGUGACGACGUCAAGAAGAAACGGGAGGAGAAAAAGAAAGAGAAUGUGAGGAGCAGGCUCAGCGAGGAGAACGCGAGGCGCCGCGGCAGAGACCACGGCUCCAGGAGGCGUCACUCCAGCGGCGAGAGGAGGAGGAGCACCAGUCGCCACGGGACCUCCAGCCACCGCAGGAGGAGCGACGGGAGGCGGAGCCACAACCACUGCAGCAGGAGCGCCAGCUCCAGCCGGGACAGUAGCCGGAGCAGCGGUGGGAGGAGCCACAGCAGGGGGAGGAGCCGCAGGGACGGCCACCGUAAAUACAGCAGAGGGAGCUCCAGGAGCAGCAGCAGAGGCAGAGACCGGAGUCACUACAGUCGUGGAUACAGGAGGCACAGCUACAGUAGAGACAGGAGUCACUCCAGAAGAUAAACACUCCAGUCCACACUUGAGCAGGUCACGCUACACUUUUGAUUAGUUUUCUUCAUUAUUCACAAUCCUUAUGUAAGACAAGAACACUCUUAAAUUUCAUCUUUUUGCAUUCUAACUCGUAAAUAAAUGCUAGCAAAAGUCAGCUAAUGGAAGGCCCCCCAAAAAACACUGUAAAAACCUCCAUCAUUUUAUAUACACUUAAGUAUAUAUGUAAUGUAGUAACAGUCAUAAUAAUAUUUAUGUAUUUUGCUUAUUAUAGGCAUACGGCGGUGUAUUCACAGACGCAUCACUUUUCAAAGACAACAAUAAAGACCACUUUGGGACAAAUGAUGAACCAGAAACUUCUAUUUUUGAUCCUGAAUAUAAGGAUCUACAAGUUUUAGAAGCUGUGCAGCUUUAGUCAAAAACUAAGCAUCAUGUAGCAGUGUUGCUAAGUGCUAAACAAGAUAUACAAACAUAAUAAAACAAUCACUCACUGGGAUAAAGACUGAUGGGAUGUUUACAUCUUCCCCUUAUACAUAAACAAUGCAUCAUAAUCCUCACAAAGGGUUAAACAAGUGUUUUUUUUCCUGUAUUUCUCACCAUCUCCGGGUCUAAGUUGGAUGCCAAAGUUGACCAACUUUUGGGUUUGUGUCCACAACCUUCUACUAUCCAGGAGAGGCAUGAUUUACAAUGUAGAUUUAACUUUCACCAACUCCGAGGUGAUGCAGCAGCUCAAUAUAGCAGCAUAAGGUAGUCUCUGAUCACGCCACUGCUAAAAGUAGUUCCUCUGCGUUGGCACUUACAAUAACAAUAUCACUCAUACCGUAAACUCGGGACAAUUUGCCGCUACAUUUUUCUGACACUUUGUACCUUGUGGCUUAUAAGACACUGAGACUAAUAUGUGUUUUUUUCUCCGAUAACAGCCAGUAUAAAAUAGUGAAAAACAUAUACACUAAAAGUAGUUCCUCUGCGUUAGCCCUUAUAAUAACACUGGCACUUUUUGGAUGUUUAUUUAGAGAACUUUAUGGUCGCAGUAGUUUACUCCCAUUAGCUGCAAUGUUAGCCACUUCGUACUUGCCAUAUUUUAUGACUUAAAAUGCAUAAAAACAGAAAAUCAUAUGUGUUCUUGUCUAACAUACGGAUUGUUAAUGCAGUUUCCUUUUAAAUUUGUGAUGGCUUGGGGGGGAAAAACAUUUAAAUUAAAAAUGGUUAACUUGGAAGUGGAUUGAAAUACCUUCAAAGAGCAUGUGUAUUACUUUAGUUCUACAUGGCACACUCACUAGUUUAUUGGGUACUUGAUUACUCAUCACAAUGCAGCCUUUAUAUUCACAAAGCUUGGAAUAUCUUGUUUGAAAAUAGCCCCCAACAAGCCUCGGGACCACCGCUAACAACUCGAAUGCUGCUCUUUUACAAAUACGAACUUGGAAGACUUUUCUAAGCUGCCUCACACACUUUUGCGUUUUUAUUUUUCUGCCCAGCAGCUCUGGAAACUCAGGAUUUCGAACCACAGGAGCAACUUUUUUUUUGAGGGGUUCAAGUAUCUUUAUUUCUCCAAAGACUUAUAUUUUUUUAAUGGACUGUUUGGAACGUAACCAAGAGACAAGGUGUGAACACUGAAAGACUCGUAGACCAAGAUGGGAAUGUUAGGAUGCUUUACAUUGUGUCUGGGCAAAGAUGGUGCUUUUAACUGGAUUAGUUUUUGAAUGUGUACUUUGUGGCUUCCUGGUGCAUCUUCUACAUAAGGUAGUUCUAAUAAAAUGAAUAAAUUGACAUUUUAACUAAAAGCAAAGCUUGUCUAGAAGGUCAGAGCUCCUUUAUGUUGCACCUGAACCAGGUAA